CAAAAUUCAAGCAGCCAUGGCCGACGAUGGCAUGCUAAUGAACUUUGAGAUUGGGGAUGGUCCUCUUCUCCCGAAGCAGACGUUCCAAGGAGGUCGGUGGAAAGACAGAUUAGCUGCAAAGAAAGUUGCGCAGAAGAGGACCUCCAAACCGCCAACGAAUCCGUCUACGAGAGCGAUAUUCAACGAGAAACGGCACGAUGUUGCGGCGGAGGAGUAUAUUGGCGCGGGAGCUGCUCCAAGGCCACCGAAGAGACAACGAGUGGACCACAAUUCGGGAAGAGAUGCAAAUACGGCGGCUAUCGUCUCGGGAAAGCUUCCUCCUGGCAGCAUAAAGAUUGGUGGGACACGGGCUACUGCGAUCCAGGAAGAGACAAGACCAGCAUUCGUAUCUGGGAAGCUUCCGCCGGGAAGCAUCAACAUUGCAGGGAAUCGAAGCACGGUAUUUCAAGAGGAAACGAGACCAGCGUUCGUUUCGGGGAAACUACCCGCUGGAAGCAUAAAUGUCGAUUCUGCUGGAAAGCGAAAAACAGUAUUCCAAGAAGAUGCAAGGCCAGCGUUUCUCUCUGGAAAGCUCCCGCCUGGCAGCAUCGGUAGUGGAAAUCGAGAAGGAGGAGGUGGAAAGCCUGGACAAGUCAUUUCGUCCCUGUUUUCUUUCAAUCCUUCUUCGAAGACCAAAUUCGAGGAACCAGAGGAGGAACAGGAGCCCGCGAGACCUUCAAAUGCCCCUCUUACCGAAGAGAUGGCCACAUUUACGGCUCUUGGCCUGUCACGAAGAUUGGCAGCUCACCUCUCCACGAAGAUGGACAUGAAAGCGCCGACAGCUAUUCAGAAGGCAGCAAUCCCAGAGAUGAUCAAGGAUGACAGUGAUGCCUUCAUCCAAGCUGAGACUGGCUCUGGAAAAACUUUGGCCUACCUCCUUCCAAUAGUUGAGCGAAUCUUGGCUAUCAGCAGCAAAGAGACACAAGUUCAUCGGGAUUCCGGACUCUUUGCAAUCGUUCUUGCGCCAACACGAGAAUUGUGCAAGCAGAUAGCCACAGUUUUAGAGAAAAUCCUCAGGUGUGCGCCAUGGAUUGUUGGGACGACCGUCAUUGGAGGUGAGAGCAAGCAAUCCGAGAAAGCACGAUUACGGAAAGGUGUAAAUAUUCUGAUUGCAACUCCCGGCCGAUUGGCAGAUCAUCUCGAUAAUACCGAGGUUUUGAAAGUCGGCACAGUCAGGUGGCUAGUCCUAGACGAAGGCGAUCGAUUGAUGGAAUUAGGAUUCGAAGAGGAGAUUAAAGGGAUCGUUGAGAAAAUUGGGAGAAGAUCAUUGGUCGUGGACAAGGAAAACAAUCUUGACCUCACGGUGUUACCGAAACGACGAGUUACAGUCCUCUGCUCUGCCACCAUGAAGAUGAACGUUCAAAGAUUGGGAGAGAUCAGUUUGAAGGACGCAGUCCAUAUCCAAGCAGAUCCUUCUGACGAGGAAGUUGCAAAAGACAAGGCAGAUGGAACGGAAGGCGAUGAGAAGGCAUUCUCAGCGCCUGCGCAGUUGAAGCAGGCAUAUGCAGUCGUUCCUGCAAAGAUGCGACUGGUCACGUUGAGUGCCAUUUUGAAGCGGGCGUUUGCUCGACGAGGUUCGGUGAUGAAGGCCAUUGUCUUCAUUUCCUGCGCUGAUUCGGUCGACUUCCAUUUCUCGCUCUUCAGCCGACCGAUUGAGGUUUCACCUGAAGAUGCAGAAUCGGAGGUGAAGGUUCCUGAAAUUCCCAAGACAGAGCUGACAAAAGACACAAUCGCUCAUGCCACCUCGUUCUCAAGCCAAGCCAAUUCAGUCAUCAUGCACAAGCUCCAUGGAUCUCUGGCUCAAAACAUCAGAACGGCCACUCUGAAAGCAUUUACCGAAUCUGCUGAGCCCUGCGUUAUGAUCUGUACAGAUGUUGCAUCCCGAGGUCUGGAUCUUCCGAAUGUGGACUACGUCAUAGAAUAUGAUCCACCUUUCAGUGCAGACGACCAUUUACAUCGGGUUGGUAGAACUGCACGAGCUGGAAAAGAUGGCCGAGCCCUGAUAUUCCUUCUCCCUGGAGAGGAAGAAGAAUAUGUAUCAAUUCUUGCGUCUGGCUAUAGGGAUGGAAAGAAAUCACUUACACACAACACUGCCGAGGAUUUAUUGCGAAAGGGAUUUGGAGGGACUGGCAGAGAGUGGGAGGAUCGUGCUACUGAGUGGCAACUUGAGGUUGAGCGCUGGACAUUGGAAUCACCGAAAUAUCUUGAGAUGGCUCGAAGAGGAUUUCAGAGUCAUAUUCGUGCAUAUGCUACACAUGUUGCAGCUGAGAGGAAUAUUUUCAACAUGCAGACAUUGCAUUUAGGACAUUUAGCCAAAGCAUUUGCACUGAGGGACAAGCCAGGUAGCAUCAAGGUUCCUGGGCUGAGGCCCGCGAAGAUGACGAAAGCGGACAGAAGUGUAGCAGCGAGGAAAGCGAAGAGAGGAGAGGUUGAGGACAAAGCUCCUGAAGGAGAGAGAGUGCGGAAGCAAAAGAAACUGGAGUUGGAUCUACCCUCUGUGGAUGGUAACGAUGCUGUUAGGAGGAUGAAAAAGAAGAUGAAGGAGCACAUGGCUGCUGCGAGCGAAUUCAAUAUCGGAUAAGACCUCCUGGUGGUCUGUCGAACCCCUGAAUUCAACUUGGCAGCACAAAACUUGCAUAAUUCUCUCGUACCAAUGGAAUUGCCCCACUGCCCCACAGAAGUGCCCCACUCCCACGGAAAGUCGCGUCUCACUCAUUUGUAGACAGUGCGAUUCCUCUCGAGUUUGACUACUACUUAAAUUCGAAACUGCUUUGAGCAGAUCAUAAGCCGUAUCUUCUUGUGUGCUUCUGGGCGAGCCUGCUGGGAGAUGAAGCUUAACGCAAUCAAGAUUCUUGCCAAGAUUGGGGCUCUAUAUCCCAUAUGUUGACGGAUGUUAU